CAGUUACGUCUGCAAUGACAUCACUCCGCUGCAACAUCAGUUGCGAUCUAUGCUCCCUUUCGACGUACCACUGAAACCGAUAAAGUGGAAUCAGGCUGAUCCCUCAUUGCGUGUGUGCUGAAGUGUUUUUGGAGGGUUUUUUUCUGCUUGAGAACCAUGCAACACACAACAUAUGGUGGUGUCUAAUUGAGUGCCUGUCACUGAAAGAGGUUCAUGAGGGAGGGACGCAUGCAGUUUUAACACAGUUAAAAGCCAACACUGGUGAUUGGAAAUGAAUUUUGAACAGCCACCUCCAUACCCUGGGCCAGGUAACACCGCACCCGCUUAUCCUGUUCAGGGAUACCCGCCACAGGGCUACCCUCCACAGGGCUACCCUGUCAACAUGGAACAGCCCAACACCGGCUUCCCUCCUCAGAACCCAGCGUAUCCAAACUACCCUGCUGGGCCGGGUGGGCCUUACCCUGGACCUGGUCAGCCACCCUAUCAAGGAUAUCCACAACAACCACCAUUUGGAUGGCAAAAUGCUCCACCAGCUGGCCCAAUGUAUGAUGAGGGGCCUAAGAACACGGUCUAUGUGGUGGAGGACAGGAGACGUGAUGACUCUGCGGACACUUGUCUGACCGCAUGCUGGACUGCACUCUGCUGCUGCUGCCUAUGGGACAUGCUCACAUAAAGUUUUGAUUCCUUUAGACUGUACUACGCCCACCUGUACUGCACUCCCAAACUUGUGGCCCCACCAAUUACGGAGCCCUAAACCCUCUACUUUUUCUCCUGACGUAGCUUACAAUCCCCUGGACCUCUGGUGCCCAGCUACAUGCUUUCUAAAUGCACACCUCUCUGUGGUUGAGUUAAAUAUUAAUGCAAACCACUAAACAAAUUUUGUCCAGAUUCAAAUUAGUAUUGAAAGCAGCGUUCCCAAAAUACAUUACCUGGCGUCUCUGCGUGAAACAGAUGUAUUUUUUUAAACUCAGGCAAUCAUGUUAAAAGACAUGAAUUUCAAUCUUAAAUAUACCAUACGCUUUGACAGAGUAGAUUGCAUGACAGCAAAUAAAUGUGUAUCAUCUCUGCAUCUGAUCGAAGGAUAAAGUGUCCUGGCUUGACCCAUGCUUGACAAAUGAGUGACGAGAUUGAUUAAAUCCAAUCCUCACUACAUCAGCAUGGUGUCCAGACCUUUCAUUUCACUACCUCUGUCCUAUUUUCGUCUUCAUCUCUGACUUAUGAAGGCAUCCCAGUGCACCCACAGUCCCAUUCCUGUCCCCACAAUCCCCCUGAAGCCUCAGCUCCAGUCCCCCAUCAGGUCAGGAGUGGCCAGUCUGUCAGGCAGACGGUUGAAAGCUGCUGAGGUCAAAAUGUAGCAGGGCAGCAACACCACUUAUCUCAUUUCCUGUCUGCCUUGACAACCUUUCAGUCCAUUAUUUGAAUGCAUACUCUGUCAGUCUAAUUCUGUUUUGACCAUGUGGGGCUACUGUCUUCCCAGUCAACCAAAUUUAAAAAGUAGGCUAGACGCUGUUGACCUCCACCUCCCUGGACCACAGGAAAUAAACAUUUGUCAGUUUGGCAUGACAUGAUUACAUUAUUCUGUACAGAGUUUUCAUUUUAAUGCUCCUCACCAAAGCCCACAGACCAUAGCAAUCUGCAUGAAUACCUUGAUACGAUAUUAGAUAUGAGAGGCAUAAAUAUGAGAGGACAGUUGAUAAUCCUGAUUAAGGCAGAGCUAUACUGGAAACAGGAGGAGAGAGAUUGUGAAACACAUAAUUCAGGGGUUGCAUAUUUUGAUGCUUCAAUAUUUUUUAAAAACUUUUUUGCUUAAGAUCUUUAGGAGAUGCUGUAUACUGUUAAAUGAUUUUGUCUUGAAUAUCUAUUUUAAAUUGUUUGCAUUUUGAUAAUUAGAAAUACAUGUUUUAAUUGUCUUGUUCUUCUCGGAUGACUACUUGCAUUAUUGUUAUGUUUUUAAACAGCAAAAGAUACACAUUGAAACAUGCCUUGGCUUAAAAUAAAAUAAAUUAUUAAAAAUA